AUGCAAUCAAUUAAACCAAUCGUUUAAUAAAUUUCAUAUGCCCGAUAAGGCAUAAAUGAGAAGAAAAACAUAUCGGAGAAUAUCGAAAAAAUGAAGGUUGCAUUUGAUCAAUUAGCACCUGCAAUCAGAAACUAGUAAGACUAUAUAUAAAAUAUGAAUCCAUCAUCAAUUCAAGUGAAGGAUGGAGCUGAGAAAUUGUAGGAAUAGAAAAGAUAUUUCUUAAGAUUUCUAGAUUUAAUGAAUUAUGAAUUAACUGAAUUGUUAAAUAUUGCAAGAAAUACAAUGGGUUUGAAUGAUAAAAUUACAAAUCCAGAUCCUUUUUGGGAGAAGAUUCUCUAUUAAAAAGUGAAAUUUAUAGAAUCAAUCAAGGAUCAACUGACUCCUGAGACAAAUUAUUUUGAAUUACUAUUUAAAACAUUAAAUUUAAGGGAUAAUUUCAUCAUCUAAUUUGUUAAAGCAUUAUUACAUCGAAAAUUGCUCUUAUGGAAGGAUAUGAAUAUAAGAAAUGAACCUUUUGUUCAUGCAUAGAUAAAGGCUUUGUUAAAUAAUAUUGAAUCUAAGCAAACAAAAGGACAAAUCGUUAGUGAAAAGUUGGAAUUCAAAGAAAUUGAUUUUGUCAGUGAAACAAUUCCAGGAGUCUGGAGAUAUUAAUUAGAAUCUAAAGAAGAAAGUUACUCCAUUGGCAUAUUUCUCAACUUAUUAAAAGACACUUAUGAUGAUUUAAUUACAAGUUUAUUAAAUUAUUGCAAUUUGUCAAUGGAUCCUGCUGCAUUGAAAUAGGUUACAAAUAAUUCAAAACAAGUUUAAAGUUUGAGACAAUAAAUUGAAUUCUUAGUGGAUGAGAAUGAUAAAUUGACUAAGUAGUUGAAUGAAUUGAAAGUUACCAAAAGGUCUAAUGAGUUUGUUGAAAUAAAGAGAUUAUAAUAAGUAAUUGAGGAAUUAGAAGUUAAUUUAUCAAGGAAAACUCGAGAAAUAGAUGAACUUAUGGCUAAUUCUAAAGGAAGUCUCAGUUUAAUCUAGAAUCUCAGAGAAAAACUCAAAGAUGUUGAGGAAGAGAAUCACAGAUACAUCAAUAUAUUUUUUCCAAAAUAAAAGGAUAUAGAGCAAUAGACAGCAAAGUUAUUGGAUGAGUUCUUACAAAUUAAAAAAGAUAUCGAUACAUACAGCUCUUUAUUUAAAAUGGAAAGUCAAAUUAGAGAAAAAGCCUUGAAAAGUAAAGACUAAUCUGAUGAUUAAGUCUAAAAGCUAGUUGAUAUGUUGGGAAGAUCGAAAUAAAAGAAUAAAGAACUCUAGGAAAUUAUUAAAUAAAAGGAAUCAAUUAUUAACAAAAUCCUGGAAGCUAAAAGACAGAAUGUUGAAGAAAUCGAAAUUUUAAAAGCAGAAAUUAAUACUCAUAAAGACAAGGUUCAAUAUGAGUAAAUUAGGGUCAAAGAGGUCCAAGUAUAGUUAGAUAUAUUGGAGAAAAAGUAUUAAGAUAUGUUCGAAAUCAACACGCAUUUCAAUAAAAGAAUAUAUGAACUCGAAAGAUAAAAAAAGGAGCUAUUAGAUAUUCUAAAGAGUCAUGAUAUUGAACCUGACCCAACUAAAUUAAGUUUUUUAAAUGAACCAUAAUAAUAAUGA